UUGUCCCUCACGGCUUUGCGUACACUGGGCUCGUAGCCGCUAACGCUGCCGGCCGGCUUGUCUUCGCCACAAGGGGACAGGGUGCGGCCAUGGCGGGGGUUCAGCCUCAGGACGACCUGCUGAAGAUGACCCACCGGGAGAACUGGAGGGUGCAGCAUGAGCGGCUGCACAUUAAGCACCGGGGUCAUGAGGCCAUGCAUGCGGAGAUGGUGCUGAUCCUCAUCGCCACGCUGGUGGUGGCUCAGAUCGUCCUGGUGCAGUGGAAGCAGAGGCAUCACCGCUCCUACAACCUAGUGACUCUGGUCCAGAUGUGGGUGGUCCCACUUUACUUCACCAUCAAGCUGUACUGGUGGAGGUUCCUGUCCAUGUGGGGGAUGUUCUCCGUCAUCACCAGCUACAUCAUCUUCAGAGCCACCCGAAAGCCGCUGUCCUGCAGGACCCCCAGGAUGGUCUACAAGUGGUUCCUGUUGAUCUACAAGCUGAGUUACGCUGUGGGCGUCCUGGGCUACCUGGCCAUCAUGUUCACCAUGUUCGGCUUCAACGUCUUCUUCAGGAUCAAGGCGGAGGACUCCAUGGACGUGGGCGUCAUCAUGCUGUUUUAUGGUCUCUACUACGGCGUCAUGGGCCGAGACUUUGCAGAAAUCUGCUCUGACUACAUGGCUUCUACGAUCGGGUACUACAACAAGGGCGGCAUGCCCAGCAGGAGCCUGAGCGGAGGCAUCUGUGCCGUGUGCGGUCAGAGGAUCCUGGUGGAGGUGGAGGAGGAGGGAUUUAUAGAAGACACCUUCCAGCUCUCCUGUGGUCACAUAUUCCAUGAGUUUUGCAUCCGGGGCUGGUGCAUUGUGGGUAAGAAGCAGACGUGUCCUUACUGCAACGAGAAGGUGGACCUGAAGAGGAUGAUGAACAACCCGUAUCCUUGCUGGGAGAAAACCCACGUUUUGUACGGCCAGCUGCUCGACUGGCUGCGGUAUUUAGUCGCCUGGCAACCCAUCAUCAUCGGCAUCGUUCAUGGAAUAAACUUCUCUCUGGGCCUGGAGUAGAGCCCUGAGGAACACCGCUACAGGAUUAUCUGCAGUCGGCGCCACAAAGGACUGCUUCAGGCCGCUGUUUUGAACUCUUGCUGAAUUUCCUGCAGGAUUAAUUCUUCUGGGCUGCAACUUUAACUCCAGAGGUUGCUGCAAAAUCAAGCUGCUGCCAGCACAAAGGAAACUUCAGGCACAGAUCCAGUAUUUUUAAACUGCUUCUUGCAGUCAGGUUUUGUUUAAAUGAAACACCAAUUCAUCUUGUAUUAUCUAGAUUUAAUUGGGUUUUAUUUGCACACUCUUUGCUGCUGGAUUGUUUGACUCCAGUUAUGAGUUUCUGCUUUAUUUAUCUAAAGCUCUUUGCACAGUGUUUACAUAAGGACUUCUGUUAAAAUGGUUCUGGUUGCUCCUAAAAGCUGUUUGUUUACAGGUCUGCUUGUUUUAAACGUUUCAUUUGGCGCUCCUGUUUUAUUUAAAUAUUGUCCAUUUAAGUUAAUUUCACAGGUAAAUUAUUGGUUUGUUUGUCCUAAACCAUCAACUCAGAGAAUGAGUAGUUCUCUGAAAAAUACAGGAGUUUGAUUUUAAAGUGUCAAAAAUGUCCGUUUUGUCAAAUGAAAUAUUUAAUUGCCAAAACCUCUGCUGAAUCUGAUUUUGUAUUUAAUAAAUAAUUCUGAAAUAUU